AUGACCUUCGACCCCGACGAGGAUGAAGAGUGGGCCUGGACUUUCGAGGUUGGGGGCCAGAGCACAUGUAUCACCCGCAACACGGGGAGAUACGCCCUGCCGUGGGAGGACAGAAGCGUGUCCGUGCCCGCGGAGAUCGCCUUUGCGACCAAGCAGGCCCAGCUGCGGCUGACCAUAGACGCCUGGGAGAAGGACGCUCCGGGGCGCAACUGCCUUUGGGAGCACGGCGACGACGCCAGGCAUCGCAUGCAGGGCUACGUCCCCUUCGACCUGCUCUCCCUCAACUUCGGCCAGCAGGUGGCCUGGUCGAAAACGCUGGUCUUCCUCGACAGGUCGUACAUGUUGGGAGACCAGGUCUGCUCCACCACGGUCGACGGCCUCAUCCUCAAGCGUGAUACCAAUUACAUGGCUGGCGGGCCAGUAAUCAAGGAAGCCCUUGUUGUCGCCGCCUCCAACCUCCUGAAGCUCUACAUCAACGGCAAGGAUCUCAACCCGGACGCUCAGGACCUGCCCAGGGUGCAGAUCACUGGUCUGCACACCGAGUGCAUCGCCAACACCAUCCAAGACUCUGCCACGCAGAUCUCGUGCAACCUGGUCAUGCCCGAGUCGGCCCCCAUCACAGCGCUCGACCUCCAGGUGCAAGUGCAGACCCGCUUCGGCGUCUCGCGCUCCGCCAAGGCCUCCUUCCCUGCCUGCUCGGGCGGUUGUCAGAAUGGGGGCAGCUGCUGGUGGUCGAAGGACAAGGCCACCACCGAGUGCGUGUGCCCCGAGCGCUAUCACGGCGACCAAUGCCAAAAAGUGUACGCCGAUGACGAACCGGUGCUGCAGUCCACGGCGCCUCUGGGAGGCGACUACACGCUGGAGGGCGAGACGGUGAUCGCUUUGACCGGCCUCGUGAUGCCCAAGCCCGAGCUGUUGAUGUCGGCCCUCUGCCGGGUCUCUCGCGGCACGCCCGCCGAAGUCAAGGUGGUGGACGGGCAAGUGAUUCAAGAUGAUGUCGUGUGGACGGGUCCGGUGACGCCCUACGACGGCCGACAUGUUUCUCAGUCGGAUGCGCUCACCACCUCAGGCCUGUGCAUCAUGCCCGCCGGCCAUCUGGCGGCCUACAUGCGCGAGCACGAAGCCGACACCGACCUCUCGCACCUCACGGUGGCCGUCGUGUGGCAGGCCAACCAGGGCGGCGACCUGUCGAGGGAGUCCAAGGUCAAGGGCAGCUUCAUGCUUUACGGGCCGCUCGACAUUGCGAGCUCGAUCGUGAAGGCCGUCGGCAACGAGGCCGACGGGGGCGAGGUGCGGGUGCUGCGGGAGCAGAGCGUGCGGGUGAGCCUGUGCGACAGGCGCGGGCGCAACCGGGUGGGCGGCGACGACGCCGACCUGUUCUUCCUCGACUUCUUCGCUGGCCCUUCCCUCCUGCCACGGGCGUGGCCAAGCAGUUCCGAUACUCCUUAUGGCCACAAGUGA